AUGAGUGAAGAAGGCCGCAGAGGCAGAGGCGGCAGCGACAGUAGCAUCGAUUCCGCCGCUUCGGUGUUGGCCGAGCUCGACUGGGACGAUGGGUUCGCCAUCCCCGUUGCUAACGAGGAAAACAAGGCGCUGGAGGAAGAGCUGCAAAAAUUGCAAAAAGAAAAGGCAAAUUUGCAAAGUCAGUUGACCGACUAUGAAGACCGAAUUACAGCAAUGACAUUACAUUUGAAAAAUGUCAAACAGGAGUUUGAUUUAACACAAUCUCUUUUCAGAGCCAGGCAGAAUGAAAUUGAAACUGAGCAGCAUUUUAAAGCUAUUGCAGAGAGAGAAGUGGGCCGCUUGAAGACUGAGAUUCAAAAGCUAGAAAAUGAUUUGGUUUCAAUAAGAGAGAAGAAAAAUUGUCAGGAAAAUAAUGUUUUCAAGCUGACUCAGAAACUGGAAGCCUUAAGGUGCCAAAUGAACUGGGACCAACAAGCUUUAGAAGCUUGGCUAGAAGAGUCUGCUCGUAAAGACAAUGAUGCACUUACAAUCCAGAAAUAUGCACAGCAAGAUGAUGGAAAAUUACGAAAAUUGACUCUACAGAUCGAGAUGCUGACAGCUCAGUGUAAUAAUAGACACAAAAUUCUUGACAAUGAACUUACAGAAACCUUAGCUGCUCAGAUCGAAUUGGACAAAACAUCCGAAGACUUCCGCAGGGUUCAUCAUGAAAGACAAGACCUUAUUGGACAGUGGGAAAACACUAUAGAACAAAUGCAGAAAAGGGACCAAGAAAUAGACAACUGUGCCUUGCUUCUAGCACAAGCAAGAAGAACAAUCCGUGCAAAGGAAAGUGUGCUUAAAGACAAAGUCCAGUUUUUGGCAAACGAGAGUGGGAACAACAUGGAGUAUGAGAAGAGAAUUUCCAUAGCUGAUCGACAAGCUGCCAAACUGAGACUAGAAUACCAGACAGAGGAGAAUAAUAGGAAUGUACUCCAAAAUGAGCUGGAUACACUAAAAGCUACUGUGGAUGGAACAGCUUCUGAACUAGAAUCAGUGAGAACCACUGUAGCCAACCUUAAGAAAGAAAUCCAGGAAAAAACUCUAAGGCUAAACUUGAUUCAGGACCAGAAUGAUAGUCUUACAAAUAAAUUGAAAUUUGUGACACACCAAGCAUUAAGUGAAGAAGAAAAAGCAUGCAAAAUGGAGGAACUUCUAAAAGAGAAAGAAAGAAAUGUAAAGGAAAAAGAGGCACAGGCAUUGCAAUUGAGAGAUGCACAUUUCAAGAAAACAAAGGAGUUGAAAACCCUUAAGGAAAAUGAAAAGAGUAUUGCAUCUUUAAUUGAAGGACAUCGCGGACAGAAAAAAAAUCUUCAGAACCGAUUAUGGCGAUUGGAUUUAGAAGCACUUAACCAGCAAGAACUCAUGUAUAAUCAGGAUUUUUAUAUACAGCAAGUGGAGAGAAGGCUGUCACGCUUGCAAGGGGAACUUAACACAGAUGAAAAGCAAAUUUUAGAAGCCAGAGUUGCUGAACUAGUAAAGAUGCUGGACGAAAAGAAACUGGAAUACAAUACUUUACAAUCACAGCAGAAGAAACUUCAGAGUGAUAUCCAUUUUAUCAAUUUGGCCAUAAGUAAAACUGGAGAAGAAAUGGCUGGCUUGAAUACUAGAGUGGAUGAGAUAAACCUUUUCACAGACAAAUCAGAAAAGUUAUUAAAAAAAGCCAGAGCCGAAAAGCAGGAUUUGAUGAUUGAAGACAAUCUCUUAAAGCUGGAACUGAAACGUGUAAGAGAUAUGCUGUACAAUAAGGCAGAGAAAGUUCUCUCUCUUGAGAAACGGAAACAGCGGUUAAAAACAGCAAUGGAGGAGAGAACUGCUGAUAUCAAAGUUCAUAAAGAAAUGAUUGAGACUCAGAUACGACUCAUAGAGCAAGAGCGUCAGACUCUGAGUUCAGAAUUUCACGAGCGACUGAGUAAAAUUGAGAAACUGAAAAGUAGAUAUGAAAUUAUUACCAUUGUCAUGAUGCCUCCAGAAGGAGAAGAGGAGCAAACUCAGACUUAUUAUGUUAUUAAG